AUGGAGAAAUCUGAUCUACCAUCCGAAACUGCGAGACGUAUUUGCCAAGUAUAUGGAAGAGCGCCUGGUGGACUUGCUUUUCAGCACAAGUCUCAGAAGGAGCGAAAAUACUUCGACUCUGGAGAUUUUGCACUUACUGCGACUGGUAAGACGACUGAUAAUGGCGUUCUAAACACCGGUGAGACUCAUCCACGCCGCUCAAAUAUUUCACGCCCUCAUGCCUCGGUUCCCGGGAACAGUAAUGUUCAAGAGGACGCCAAUGAAACCCUUCAAGACCGAAAGAGUAGCGAUUUCGUGAUGACGAAAAGCCCUUUACAUCAGCAUACUGAUCAACAGAGCAAGAAAAGCGCGCGUCCCAAGUCACAUGAAGCUAUAUGA